UUUCCUCAUUCGUGAAACCAUGUACUUGAAUAAUAAUGUGACCGAGUUCAUUCUGCUUGGGUUGACACAGGAUCCUGUUAGGAAGAAAGUAGUAUUUGUAAUUUUUUUGCUUUUCUAUUUGGGGACAUUGGUGGGUAACUUGCUUAUUCUCACCACCAUCAAGACCAGCCAUUCACUUGGGAGCCCCAUGUACUUCUUCCUUUUCUACUUAUCCUUAUCUGAUACCUGCUUCUCUACUUCCAUAGCCCCUAAAACAAUUGUGGAUUCCUUUUUGAAGAAGACAACUAUUUCAUUCAUUGAGUGCAUAAUUCAAGUAUUUACAUUUCAUUUCUUUGGUUGCCUGGAAAUCUUCAUUCUUAUCCUCAUGGCUGUUGACCGCUAUGUGGCCAUCUGUAAGCCACUGCACUACACGGCCAUCAUGAGCCGCCAGGUCUGCAAUAGAUUGGUAGCUAUGGCCUGGGUUGGGUCCUGUGUGCAUUCUUUAACUCAGAUUUUCCUUGCCUUGAGUCUGCCAUUCUGUGGUCCCAAUGUAAUUGAUCACUAUUUCUGCGACUUGCAUGCUUCCCAACAGCUAACCAGAGGCAAGUCCCAAGGAAAGUCCACACAGGAGAGCACAGUCUUGCUCCAGGAGGAAAUGACAUAUGUGAGGAAGUUGCAAGACUUUGCUAACACAUGCAAGUGUAAACUAGGAGAGUAUCUCACUGUGGAAGUAGAUCUAGUAGUUAACUAG